AUGUACGAGCAGAUUACUCAGCGCUCCAGCUUUGAAUCACUGCCUAAUGUGAAAGAUAUGCCAAAGCGGAGGUUUUGGUAUCUCAAAGUAGAAGAAAUUUCAGCCGUUGUUCUACUUCUGGUUGCCACCUUUGGGAUCAUUGAUCUCUGCUACCAAGCAUACAGUAGCAUUCGCACAAUGGACCACAACCAUCUUCACGCAACUACACAGCGCGAGCCUGAUAUAUCUUGUAAUUGCGGAGACACUAUUACCGAAGCCCUUUCGAACAACUGCAGAUACGACUCUCUAGCUGCGGCGUGGCUACCGCCAGCUUGUCGGAACGACGACCUCACCACCGCUUUUGAAAAGGCGGGGUCCAAUCACGAUGGAAGCUGGCCUUACUUUGCAGAAGUGAACAUGACGCGACCGCUGUCCCUGGAAGAGGUGUCUAUGCUUCCUGAUACUAGAACAGGGGGUGGAGAGGCAAGAAACGUCUUUUUCACGACCCACAGGUGGCAUUUAGUGCAAUUGUAUGUAUUAUUGGAAGAAAAUGUUCCUGUCACGAGGGCUCGGAACAACAAUUGA